GGAGGAGGAGGAGGAGGAGGGAGUAGCUACACUGAGCGGCAACAUACAUGCGCGUUUUCACCCCGUUCGGCAAGGAGAGCGUCGAGUAGCAGGUGCGCGGUUCAUACUUCAGGCUCCGGAGUCCCCCCCUCCUUCGAGCUCCAGGUCUAUGCCGGCCGCUGACGUUAUCGCCUGGCAGGUCCGGAGCAUUUGAGUCAUUAUUUUCUCUCAUGGACGCGAAUGCCAGACACACUUGUUCUCAAAGGCGCUGAACCCGAGGCUAAAACCUGGGAAUAAAGCUUUACUUCAAGGGCAGGCAUCUCGGCGAAAAACCAGGAUUUUUGUUUCGGUGACCACAGUUGACAAUCAGACGAAGACGAAGAAGAAGUGGGAUAUCCCGCACACCUAUACCUGACUCCUUCUGAACAAGUGCCCUGCUUUUGUGUUUAUGACGAAAAGUGUGUCCAUCUACUUUGAAUCUGCAAGAAGUGUCCCUCACAAUGAAUACAGAUAGCGGAGGAUCAUGCACACGCCGCACCGCCAUGUCACUCACUCUCAGCCCUAUGAAGAGGGUCCAGAGCUCUCCCAAUCUCGCCACAGGUUGUGAAUCUAACUCACCAGAUUCAGAUGCAUGGCGGUCGCAGAGUGCCAUUGACGGCUUCAGGAACGGAGACGCCAAUAGCUCCUCGCUGGCGGCUAAAGGCUUCCGUAGUGUGAGGCCCAACCUGCAGGACAAGAAGACACUCUCACAGGCCUCCACCGCGAUGCCGUUCCCGCCCCCCAGGAGGGACAGUUUCCUCCUGUCCCCCACUGGCACUAACCCCCCCACGUACAGCUCCCUGCAGGCCCUGGAUGCUAGUUUGAAUCCCCACACCUUUGCACCAUAUCAUAAUGAGGGUGAGGCAUGGAAAGAGUCCUACACCUUGCUAAGCCAAUCUUCUCACUCCUUCUCCGAGUCUUGCAGAACAACCUCCACCUCUUUCACUCCAGAUGUCCCCCCACAGGCUAAUCAAGGCUUAGGAUGUGUCUCAAACGAUAUGGGCAGUAGCACCACCGCCACAGCUAACGCCCAGGCUCAAGAGCGAAAGGUGUCUUCCCUCAAGCUGACCCCCGUCACCAUCCCUUACCCUCCAGCUCACCUCCACCACCCCGAACCCCACCCUCCGCCCCCCAAACCCCAGAGCCUGGCUUCCCCUUCCUCCGCAUCCCCUCCACCACCGCCCCCCCGUAGAGAUUCCAGCAUCCAACCCCAAGCCGCGACGCAGAGGGCCUCGCCGUCCCGCCCGCUCCGCGGGACCCCCAAGGCCACCUCGGGACCCCAGGUGGGGUCCAAGGGGUCAGGUCGGGCGUCGGUUCCGACCCCGCCGUUGGGUCCUCCUCCGGGCCGGGCGGCUGAAAGCAGGGACUGCGCCCCGGCCGUUCCUCCGCGGCCCUCGCCGGCCAACCUGUUGGUACAGAACCGAGCUCCUGAACCCCAAAUCCAAAUAGGAAACUACAUUCUUACGGCUGUGCUGCUUGUCGAUGUGUGUAUUUGUGUGUACUCAACCACUUUAUCCAAACUAACUGAAGAUGGCCUGUACCCCCCUGACCUUCCUGCGGCAUGGCGCCCCCCUUACCACAGCCACAGCCACAGCUCAGACUCCCUCCACUACCAGUCGGGCCUGCUCUUCCCCAUAGCCCUCUCCCCCAUGCCGUACACACCAUCCCGGGCUGGCAGCACCACCCCCCUCCUCUCCUACACCACGCUAGCUCCUACCGCCGCCGUUAGCAUUGGAGGAGCGGGUGGUGUCGGAGGCGCCGGUGGUGGCACCGGUGGCGAUGGUGGUCGCGGCCGCUUCCCGUCCCCGUCAGUCUCUCCGGUGACGGUGUCGGCCCUCAGCCAGUACUCGUCCACGUCCACGGCGGGACUGUUGGAGGAGCUGCAGAUCUGUGGCCUGGACAGCCCCAGCGUCUCCCCCACACCCUCCUCCUCCACCCUCAGCCACCUGUCUGCCUACAUGACCUCCACCACCAGCUCCGCCGCCGCCUCCGUCGCCACGGAUGACACGCUAACCGCCACCGCCGCCUGUACUGUGGGCCAGGUCCUCUCUCAGGCCAUGAAUGGAAGCACAGGCCCCCCCCAGAGGCCCCUCUCCCCCCCUGCCUACCCUCCUCCCCCAGCCUCCCUCCACAUGGGGCUUCACAGGCAGAGCAGGAGUUCAGAGGGCAGCGAGUGUUACACCCGGGAGACGGUGACGUCGGGCCACUCCAGCGGGCUCUACAGCACGCUGCCCAUCGCCCGCUUCUCUGAGGAGGAGAGGAAGGUGUCCCUCAUCAAGGCCCCCCACUACGAGGGCAUCGGCCCCGUGGACGAGACGGGCAUCCCCAUCGCCAUACGCACGACAGUGGACCGGCCCAAGGACUGGUACAAGACCAUGUUCAAGCAGAUCCACAUGGUCCACAAAGCAGACGACGAUUAUUCAGAUACCUACAACGCCACGUACGCCUUGAUAAACAACGAGGCCCACAGCAUGUCCACGGACCCUACCAUGGCCCACCCUCCCCCCAGGACACACACCUACCGGCCCCUGGCCAAGAGCCCGUCGGGUGAGCCGGGGACCCUGGGCCCCCGGGAGCCCCCUCCGUCCCCCGCGCCUCCCCCGCCGCCUCCACCCAUGCCCUCCCUCCUCCAGCUGAGGACCCGGGACAGCGACCGGGAGAAGGAGUCCCACGACAUGAACCAGUGGGGGCCCCCGGACAGGAAGGUGGACACCAGGAAGUACAGGGCAGAGCCCAAGAGCAUAUUUGAGUAUGAGCCAGGGAAGUCCUCCAUAUUGGCACAAGAGAGACCAACCUUUGAUGAUAUAGAUUUAGAGAACGAGCCUUGGUUUAAGUUCUUUUCAGAGCUUGAGUUUGGGAGACCGCCUCCUAAAAAGCGUCUGGAUUAUAAUCCAGCAGUCUCCACCCGCCAGCAUAUGGAGACCUCUCUGCACAUCGCUCCGGCUGACACUAAGGCACCGGAGAGACCCGCGAGCGCGGCCGGCGACUACAGGAAGCGGAGGAAGUCUGAGCCCUCUGCCUCCCUUGCCAACAACCCGUCCGACCAGAGGAGAUCUGCGGCGGUCUCCCCCAAACCCCCGGACUCGUCCAGAGCCAGCACCCUGAGGAAGCCCUCCGCCCACUCCUCUCCUUCCUCUCCCUCCAGACCUAAGGGUGGGGACGCAUGCGCCAUGUACUCCCCCCGUGAGACCUCCCCGGCUCCCCCCAAGCCCCACGCCCCCUGUCUCACGCCCCCGCGGCGCCCCGACGCUAGCCCCACGCGGCGGGACGGCAGCCCGGACGGCAGCCGCUCCUCCUCCAGAGGCUCGGGCUGUCUGAAGCGCCGCCGGCCGGAGAACCACCGGCGGCGGCUGGAGGAGGAGGGGCAGGAGGAGAUGGAGACCUGGAGCGGGUCGGAGGACCCACCCGCCCCGCCCGUCCCGGCCGCGCCGGGCAAGCUGCGGUCGCGCAGCUGCGACGACCUGCUCAACGACGGGCUCCCCGGCUCGGGCGGGGCCGGCGCGGCCCGCUCGGAGAGCGUCGGCUCGUUGCUGUGCGACGGCGGCGGGCCCUCGGGCGCCCCCGGCAACGGGUCCUCCACGGGCUCCCUGCCCCGCCCCCACCGCCGCCGCGCGCACGACUCGCCGGGCUUCCUGCAGCUGUACCGCAAGAUGCACCACAUCGACCGCGCCCAGCUCAUCCCGUCGGAGGUCAUCCGCUCGGUGCGCGCCCGCAUCCUGGAGCUGGAGGGCCAGCCGCACCUCCUCCGCCAGCACCUCUUCCCCUGGACGCCGACCGGCGGCGGGGACGUGCCGCGCGACGUGGUGCCCAGCCGCAUCUCCGAGUACGAGCAGCUGAUCCAGAAGUCCAAGUCCAUGCCCAACCUGGGGGACGGCGAGGGCCCGUCGGGCACCAACACGCCGGGCGGCUCCUCGUCGCUGGCCAGCAGCGGGGGAGGGGCCACGCCCGUCUACCCCAAGCGCCGCUUCUCCAUCGAGUCCCUGCUGGAGGAGGACCUCGGCAACGGCGUGAACGGCGGCAACGGCGUGAACGGCGGCUCCGGCUCCGCCGCUGCCGCCGUCACAUCGCCGCGGGCCACCGCCGCCGACGUACCGCGCCCGCUCCGCAGCCCGCCGGAGGGCCAGCCCCGCGCGGGGCCCGAGCCCGACCGCGUGGCGCGCGGCUCCUUCGCGGCGGCCCGCGCCGUGCCCCAGGGCCAGCGGGCCCACCCGGAGUACUCUGACAGCGAGCAGGACGCGGUGGCCUCGGACCUCAGCGACUUCAUCCCCGUGGAGGGCUCGUCAUUCUGCAGCGAGAGCGACCUGGACCACUGCUCCCUCACCUCCACCGAGAGCCUGUACGGCUCCACAGCGCUGCACCACCAGCUGCGCCACCACCACGGCCUGCUGCACCACCACCACCACCACCACCACCACCAGCCCGGCCACCAGAGCCUGGGCCAGAGCCAGGGCUACCAGCACCGCCACCUCAUCAGCUCCUGCAAGGGCCGCUGCCCGGCCUCCUACACCCGCUUCACCACCAUGCUGCGCCACGAGCGGGAGCGCGCCCGCCAGGAGCGCCAGAGGCCCUCCCUCCCCCAGCAGCAGCCCCUGCAGCUGGAGCCGAGGAGCCGCGACAGCCGGCCCCCCGCCCACACCUCCCAGUCGCAGCAGGCCAUGGCCAAGCUGGCCUUCCUGGUCAGCCCCGUGCCUUUCCGCAGGAAAAAGGGCUCUCCUCCUUCGACGAGGAGGAGCAGCGGCGGCGGGGGCGGAGGCCGGAGCGGCAGACCCAAGUCCAAAGAGGCUAUUUACGACGCACUGGACGCCGCCCUGAGGGACAUCUACGAGCACCUCCAGGCGGAGAGGGGCCACCACGGGGGCCGGGCCCCCGACGACGGCGUCCUGCGGAGGAUGCUGGCCGAGCUGCUCCCGGACGUCCCGGAGAGGAGCUCCUCGCUGCGGGGCCGGCAGAGGUGUCGCCUGGACGGGAGCUCCUCCAACGCCGGGGACCCCGACGGGUGCCCCGCGGGGUACGCCUCCUCGUACCGGCGAGACACCUCCUCGCCGCGGAUACAGUCGCCGCGGAUACAGUCGCCCCGGAUACAGUCGCCGCGGAUGCAGUCGCCCAUCAGCGCCUGCUACAGCCGCCAGCACUCGCCGGACACGGCGAACAACAACGAUUACGGAGAGGAGCGGGGCAACGGAAACAUUCUCUGUUACUCAGACCAGGACGUCUCCAGAGGCUACUCCACCACUGAUGGACACCACACACCGCAAGGGAGGAGGGCCACCCCCGAGAGAGAGGUCUCCCAUAAGCAGAUGACACAACUUAUUCUCUUCUCUCUCCUCCACCAGAAACAGCCGGCCAGAGCCAUUUAUGACUUUAAGGCCCAAUCUGCUAAGGAGCUGACGUUCAAGAAAGGAGACGCGGUGAACAUCGUGCGGCAGAUAGACAACAACUGGUAUGAGGGGGAGCACCGCGGCCGGACGGGCAUCUUCCCCAUCUCCUAUGUAGAGAAGAUGCCCUCGUCGGAGAGGCAGCAGCAGCCCGCCAGGCCCCCCCCGCCCGCCAAGGUCCGGGAGAUGGGCGAAGCCGUGGCCCGCUACAACUUCAACGCAGACACCAACGUGGAGCUCUCGCUCAGAAAGGGCGAGAGAGUGUUGCUGCUGCGGCAGGUGGAUCCUAACUGGUACGAGGGGAAGAUCCCAGACAGCACCAAGCAGGGCAUCUUCCCCGUCUCCUACGUGGACAUCGUCAAGCACUCUCCAUCCCGAAGCCCGGCCCACCACGUGGAUCCUCUCGGAUACCCCAGCAGUAGGACACCCAGCUCCACCCCCACCAAGCGAUUCCUUCAAGAUGCACUCCAAGGCGGAGGAGAUCCGUUCCGUGCCCUGUACAAUUACUUGCCUCGCAACGAAGACGAACUGGAGCUCAGAGAAGGAGACAUCGUGGACGUGAUGGAGAAGUGUGACGAUGGCUGGUUUGUUGGGACUUCUCGUCGGAGCAAGCAGUUUGGAACCUUCCCAGGGAACUACGUGAAGCGGCUAUAAUUACCCCACCGGACGGCCAACAACCUUGCCCUCUUCCCCUUUUACCGUCAAACCACUCAAGAUGCCGAGCACGAUUCCCACAGCGAACCACAUCUCGAGGAGGGGCCUUGAUCCAUCCAGCGGGGACACAGACACUGAGCUUUCAGCUGUAACUCGCCAACGUCAGCCUGAGAGACAAACGAUUUUGUUCUGUUUUUGAUUUUGAGUAUGGCGGUGCACCCCAGCUUCGUGUACCCACCCGUGACCCUUCACACGUUUGACCCUGAGACAGCGAUACAGAAUGACAAAAGGACAGUCCAGGAGAGUGAUGUCAUUAGUGCUGCGCCCAGGGUGCCUUUUGUCCACUGUAUUCGUUUGACUAUAUUUAUGGUGGUUCACUCCGCAGCAAGUAUUGUAGCUUCCGGUGAACCGCCAACGUAUGUUCACAUUUGGCCUCUUAUUUUUGCUACACCAACAUUUCCAUCAUUCAGUGUUUUUAAUCCCAAAAACAACCUCACGAUGGCGCCGUCCCAUCCAGUCACAGAGUUUGAAUCAGUGAGGCGAGUAUUACGAUGCUUUCUGUGUACGUUAUUUGUACACCGAAACCUUUAAUGUGUGCUGUCUGUUUUGUAUUAUGCCCAUUGCAGCCAUUAAACGUGUCGCGUGGUCCGGUUGAAGGAUGGAUGCGGUUAACUUGCCACCCAUUAUGAAUCAAAAGUAAUGUUAAAUAACAUGUUGGAAUCAGCCCUUUGUAUUGACUGUAGCCACAUGAGGACUGCAGUGAAUAUAAAUGUGUGGAUGUUUUCUACCAGUGUGCCUGGUUCCCAACAUGCUUUUCAUUUAUACUUUUUUCUAUGCCGUUUUGUUCCUCCUCAUGUUAUGAUUCAUGCCCUUCCGUGAAUUGACCUAAGCCUUUAUUAAUAUUUCACACCCAGUGUAUUAACUCUACACUGGCAAAUAUCAUUUGGAGUUCAGGGGGCGGGGUAUAGGAAUCAUGUUUUGGGAAUUUUAUGCAAAAAGAUAACCGAAUUUUUAUGUAUUUAUAACAGUUGCUGAUACAACUACGCGGUAGAUAUUUUGUCCAUCCAGAAAAGGGUUCACUUUGUACCAACCGUGUGUUCUUCGAUUCUCAUCCAAUUGACUUAAGGUAAAGUGUGCUUUUAAUAUAUUUUGACAGCGGUAAGCUGAGCAUCUUUUUCUAGGUAGAUGCAUACACGCGGAAGUAAACCGACGGAGUUGCUAUGGGCCUAUGAUGUAUUUCAUGUCACAACCAGACCUAUGAUUUUUAUUCUAUAUUUAUUUUUGUCGGAUGCAGGUUGAAUUAGCAUUUCAUCCAAUAAUACAUUAUGCGGUAUCAUUCAUUAGAUUGCGACAGAAACGGAGCUGACUGUAGCCAACGUUGAGGGCUUAGGGUGUGACAGCUACGUUGUGUUGUUUUAUGUUUAACAUAUGGUGGCACGCUGCAGGGCAUGCUGACCUCUGGCGCCCAGUUAAUAUGCUUUGUUGUUUUAAAGGUUAUUAUUCACAUAGGAUUGGACACUGACAAAACAAACCAUUGUUUAAGCACCUUAUUUUUGUUGUUUUCAAUCAUAUUAUUGUUUUCUUCACAUCGCUCCGUCCUGUACGCUCAUCUUGGUGUGAGAUCACUGUGUGUGUGUGUGUGUGUGUGUGUGUGUGUGUGUGUGUGUGUGUGUGUGUGUGUGUGUGUGUGUGUGUGUGUGUGUGUGUGUGUGUGUGUGUGUGUGUGUGUGUGUCUGUUGUGCGUGUGUUUUUUUUGUAAGCCUUUUUGUAUGAGAGCUGUGAAAUGGCCAACAUACCACUGCUUUAUAAAGUCAUCGUUUUUCUCACCCACAAAUAUAUUUGGUUUCCUCUCAUUCUUCCGUCACAUGUCCUUGUCUUUAUCCGUGGUGCUACCGUCACUACAUUUAGUCAUUUCUAUUCACUUAUUUCUUGCUAUGUUAAUGUUGGAUUUGGUCUUUAUUGAGCAUACACACAACUGGGGUCCGCUACAUUACAUACAUAUGUAACCUCCUAAAUGCAAAAAAACGCCAUGUUUUGUGUCUUGGCUUCAUGAAAACAUGAUCCAUACUUACAAGUUGGAAGUUGUUUGAGAGUAUGCACAUAAGGCACAUCAUUGUGACGAACUUAUCCUGUUCUUUAUAUAGCUUGUAGAAUGCAUUUAAAACGGGUGUGGAGUGAUAACAUACCGACACUUGAAAUUCGUAAUGAGCUUCUAUUAUGGGCUCAAUCUAUGAUUUCAUUUAAAAAAUGACGGGUUUUAAUGCAUUCUUGGACUGAAAAAUUUCUACAAUCUUUUGGUUGAAUUGUUUUAUAGGGCUUUGUUGCUAAUAAAACAUAAGCUGAUUAUUUAUUUUACCCUCUUUUCUCUCAUCAGGCUUAUGUUACUGGACUUAGACUAUGGUGGGAAUGAAGAUGUGUUAUAGGAUGAUAUACGUGAUUAUAUUGAUGAUGUGGUUAUAACCGACUGCCUUAACGCAGACAGACUUGAAAGCACUGUGACAGUGAACUCAAACUUGUUCCGUUUGCCUCUAUCCACGACUGUGUCUAACUAAGCCGUUGUGUAAAUCACCACGAUGAUACAUCAAAAGAUCGGAAGGUAGAGGAAAUAACUUUUUUUUAACUAAGUCACAGACAAAACGCAGACACCCCUUUUAGUGUCCACAACAGCUGUUUAAGUAUGAAUGAAUUGAAGCAUGACACUAGUUCCUGUUGUGAUCUUACAGAGACAAAGAGAGAGAGAGAGAGAAUGAUAUAGAGACAAAGGGAGCAUGAUAAUGAGAUAGGCG